AUGAAGUCCUUCUCCCGUUACAGAAAUCACCUCCAGCGCGAUGGUGAGCGAACCAUCCGCAAGUCCGUCUCCUGUGAGCCCCUGCUCGACAUUUCUUCCUCGGACGAAGAGGACCGCACCGGAGGUGAGGACUCUUCGAAUGGUGCUCGUCUGACAUGCGGAAGUUUGACUCCAUCUCCUGCCGGCAAGCUGUUGUUUGCCAAGAAGUCGGCUUCCGAGGCUGCGAGAUCCCGUCCUGGCAGCGCCGACUCGUUCCAGGUUGGUGCAAACACCGAUGACGACGUCUUUGCUGAGGACGACGACUCGGUGCUAUCCGUCUCUGCAGCCGGUGCUGCUGAAGCAGACGGCACCUCUGAGCACAGUGAAGAGCUUCAAGAGGCUGGCGUCCCCUCUGUCGACGCCCAGGGAAUAUAUCCCCCCACAGCCUGCAUCUUUGCUGCAAACCUUGCGCAAUUGUAUGAUGACAAGACUCUCGAGUAUGAAGUCACACGCGCAUUUUCAAAGUAUGGCCCAGUCUUUGUCAAGAUCCGCCGCGACCAACGCCAGAUGCCUUUUGCGUUCUGUCAAUUUACUUGCGACGAACAUGCAAGAAAAGCCAAGGAAGGCGGCAAAGAUACUUACAUCCUCGGUCGGCAAUGCCGCACUGAAAUGGCCAAGGCCCAUACCACUUUCAUGGUAUACAAGCACUCUGGAGACUUUGUCACCGCCGACGAGGCUGUUGCCCUCCUUAGCUCCCUGGGAGAAGUUGCCGAGGCUGACCAGCUCGAUGCCGAAAUUCAGCAUUCUAUGCGUCUCCCCCCUACCAUUGUCAUCAGGUACAAAAUGUACGAUCCUAGACGCGACGUGCCGCUGGCUUUUCGGGGACAUCGCAAAUACAAAGUAAUUCCGUACGAUCCCAGGACAACUUCGAACACACGCUCGAACGUCCAGGUGAGCCCAAACAAGGAACAAUUUCUUCAUCAGUACGAUCGUGACAGACGAUCCGUCUACAUGGGCAACCUCCCCAUGAACAUGACCGAGGAGACUCUCACAAAUCUCGUGAGCGCUUGUGGAGAGGUCAUUGCUGUCGUUCUUUUCAAGAAGCCAGUUCCAGGCAGUCCAAGCAAAAUGACUUGUUUUGCGUUUGUCGAGUUUUCUCGUCCUGACACUGCGGACGAUGCCAUUGAGGCCUUUAACAACUCGGACAUCAAUGGCUUCCGCGUCCGCGUCGACAGGAAGCAGUCUCGUACCUUUGAGACGCCCCGACGCAGCCUUCCCAUGCGCUCGGCCAACUACUCGCACGCAACCUUUCCCCGUCGUCGCCACGCGCCCGUCAUGGAGCCCGUCUCGCCGCUGCACACCAUGUUUGAUCCGCCGGCCGACCACAAGAAGCCCGUCAGCAUGCACAACGCGGCGCCUGCGGACCCGGAUCAGACGCCCAGGACCGCCGAGGAGGCUGCCCAGACCGUCGCCGGCGAGAGCAACCUCUUUACCCCGACGCCCAAAAAGUCUCACGACGGGGUCGGCGCAGGCGGCAGCAACAGCUUUGCGUACGGCAACAUGGAGACGCCCGUGGCCAUGCAGCACCAGCAUACCUCCAUUCCCAUGGGCUGGAUGGCGCCCUUUCCCCCUUUCCCCUACGGUCCUCCCAUGUCGGCCUAUGGCCCGAUGACGCCUCACGGUACUCCCGGUGUUAUGUACCCAGGCUACAGCCCAGGACCUUACUACCCCGGUAUGUAUGACAUGUAUCCCAUGGCAUCCCCUACGCACAUGAUGGCGCCGCCGCAGAUGCCCGCACCGGUGCCAGCACCGCCUACACAGGCCGAAACUCCAACUGAGGCACAGAUUCUCGCUGAGCCCAUCGUCAAGGAGGAAAAAUGA